CUUGCAGAAAAGAAAGAAAAUGGUUGCAGGUGGCGCAUCAGAUACGGGCGGCGUCAAGCCCAUGGCCAUUGCGGGCCGCAUGGUUCGCGAGCGUGAGCGUUUGAUUGGCAUGACAUCUGAAGAACGUGCCUGGCGCAAACAGUGGCUAAAAGAUCAGGAGUUGCAUCACGGAGCACGCAAGGUGCCUGCUUUGGAGCUCGAGCUUAACAAUCCUAUUAAGCGUUUCUACCGCGCACCCUUAGACAAAGUGUGUGAAGUUUUAACACCGGCGCUGGGCUUCCAACGCGCCUACACAAUACGUUACUGGACCGGCAAGGCACUGAUUGCCAUGGCGGGCAUUUAUGCCGGUGCCUACUAUUUUAAGUACAAUCAAAAUGAUUGGACGCGCAAGGGCGGCUGGCGUGUGAUUUCUUCGCGUAAGGCUUGUGUGCCCGGCGAUGAAGGCUAUCCCCGUGUUUCGGAUCGCUCGGCUCCCGCUGACUAUGCGGCGCGCGGCUUCAAACAGGCGCCCAUAUAAAAAUGUAUACACUCAAAUCCCAUGCUUUGCUUAAGUUUGAAACAAAUAUAUUAAUAGUAGCAAAACGAAACCGUAAUAAACUUUAAAAACA